AUGGCAGCUCAGUCGACUCUUCGUCAUUCUGUGGAUCCUUUGCUAGCGAUAUUGGGACCAUGGGCUCGCCUCUUUCGCUCAAAAUACGAGCAAACCUCAAAAGUAACACGCCUUGCAGCUACGCUAGCUUUGCUCAUCACCAUUAUAUCUGGGGCUUAUGGAGGUCGAAUAUGGUGGAGACAAGAGUCAAGAAAGAAAGCACAGCGACAAAGACUCCUACGGCGAAAUUCUGGCUUGCGUGGAAAGGAUGGAUCGAGGACAAUAAUCGUGCCUUAUCGCUCCUCGACAGCAGAGGUCAAGAUAUAUCCCACGAGACCCAUGACUUUCGAUGCUCAUAGACGCCUGUUCCUGAACCCCCCUCGAGCGGCGCGCCUUGGAGAUGGGCAAGUUGCUGGUCAAGUUCCUCCACCAAAUACGAAGCCCGGUCUCAACAUCGCCUUCAUACACCAAUUCUUGAGUCUUCUGAGCAUUAUGGUCCCGCAUUGGAAUAGCAAAGAGUCGGGGUUACUGUUCAGCCAAGGACUAUUCCUUCUACUUCGAACCUACCUCUCGCUGGUGGUGACCAGACUUGAUGGAGAGAUAGUAAGGGAUCUGGUAGCUGGCAAUGGGAGAAGCUUCCUCUGGGGGAUUGUCAAGUGGUGCGGUGUUGGUGGCUUUGCAUCCUACACCAACGCUACUAUCAAAUUCCUUCAGAGCAAAGUAUCCAUAGCUUUCCGCACAAGACUCACUCGAUAUAUCCACGACAUCUACUUAAACGACAAUCUCAACUACUACAAGCUAUUGAAUCUCGAUGGCGGCGUUGGCCAAGGAGCAGACCAAUUCAUCACCAAUGAUCUGACCCUGUUCACCGCUUCGGCUGCCUCCCUUUAUUCGUCUAUUGGGAAACCUUUAGUCGACCUUUUCGUCUUCAACUAUCAGUUGUUCCGAUCUUUGGGACCACUGGCCCUGACCGGUCUUUUGGCCAAUUAUUUCAUCACAGCAACGGCACUACGUCGACUUUCACCACCAUUUGGGAAAUUGAAGGCAGUGGAAGGACGCAAAGAAGGAGAUUUCAGAGGGUUACAUGCACGACUGAUAGCGAAUGCUGAAGAGGUGGCAUUCUAUGGUGGCGCAGACAUGGAAAAGAUAUUCCUUGACAAAGGAUACAAAGAUCUUAAAGUCUGGAUGGAGGGCAUCUACCGUCUCAAGAUCCGCUACAACAUGCUCGAAGAUUUUGUCCUGAAAUACUCUUGGUCAGCCUUUGGCUAUCUCAUCACCUCCCUGCCCGUCUUUCUGCCAGAAUGGGGUGGUCUAGGUGGUCAUUCCGAACUCUCUCCCACAGAAACCACCACAUCCUCACCUCCCGCAAACCGCUCGCAUGGCCGCAUGCAACAAUUCAUCACCAAUAAACGCCUUAUGCUCUCACUCGCCGACGCUGGUGGACGCAUGAUGUACAGUAUCAAAGAUCUUUCUGAACUGGCAGGCUACACAUCCCGCGUCUACGGCCUCAUCUCCACUCUCCAUCGCGUCCACGCCUCUGCCUAUUACCCCCCGCGCGGCACAUCCCCAGAACCAUAUUCACUCUCCGACAUCCUUGGGACUCUCCAUCGCGGCUACGACGGCGUACGUCUUGAAAAUGUCCCACUCGUCGCUCCAGCCAUCUAUCCUCUUCCAGGUGACCCACUCAUCCCUUCCCUCUCCUUCACCAUUACUCCAGGUGCUCACGUCCUGAUCUCUGGUCCCAACGGCGCCGGAAAAUCAUCUAUCGCCCGCGUCUUAGGUGGUCUGUGGCCUGUUUACCGUGGUCUAGUGUCACGACCUCGUAGUACAGGCACAGAUGGCAUUAUGUUCCUCCCGCAACGGCCGUACCUCGCCAGCGGUACCCUAAGAGACCAAGUCAUCUAUCCGCACUCGGAAAUUGAUAUGCGAGACUCCGGCCGUAAAGACCAUGAACUCUUAGGCAUCCUCGAGGACGUACGACUAGGCUACCUGCCCGAACGGGAAGACGGCUGGGAUGUAAGAAAGGAGUGGAAAGAUGUCCUCUCGGGUGGUGAAAAGCAGCGGAUGGCAUUUGCACGAUUGAUGUAUCAUGAGCCACGUUAUGCAGUCAUUGACGAGGGCACAUCAGCUGUUUCUUCCGACGUCGAAGGCCUGCUUUACGAGCGAUGCAAGGAACGAGGCAUUACAUUACUGACUAUAAGUACGAGAGUCAGCCUCAAGCGGUAUCACGAGUGGAACCUAGAUCUUGGCCAAGGCGAAGAAGGUGAGGAGUGGAUUUUCGAUAGGAUUGGCACGGAAGAGGAAAAGGAAGGAGUGGAGCGAGAGCUUGAAUCCUUACGGGAGACGCUGGGGAAGGUAGAGGGCUGGCGGAGACGCAGGGAGGAGAUUGAGAAGGAGCUGGGCAAGGUGUGGGUUGCUGCGGAUGAGAGCACGGAGCGAGGGGAGGAGUUACCGCCGCCUGAAUAUGUAGAGAAGGAGGAUCCGUGA